AUGCCUGAGUUGCGACUCUUCAAUCGUCGGUGGCACAUCUCCACAGAUGUGCUCCCUCUCCUGGGAGCAUUUCUGGCAGUUUGCCACGUCGUCUACUUUGUGCCGAUCCUGGCGGGCGCCUGGACUGUGGAGAGCACUGGCAUCCAGUACAGCUGCAAUGUGGGCACCCAGCUCCGCGUCGCAGUGUACAGCCUGCUGGGCCUGUUUGCGCUCAGCGUCAUUGUGGAGUUCAGCCUCACCUCCAUCGGGCUAAAAGGUGGGCCACUGGAGGAAAGGAAGCGCAAGCCCAUCCACGUGCUCCUGUACAUGGAGGUGGCGCUCUGGCUGACCCUGGUUGUCUUCACGGCCUAUGGGACGUACAUCCUGGCCUCCCCCAAAGUGCCCACCUCCUGCUGGGACAACAACCCGUGCGCCUACAGCACCGAGAUCCCUGCGGCAUGCACCGGGGCCCUGAACGCUGAGGGGGUCGCCACGCUGUCGAACGCCUGCCAGCUGGUGGUGUCCAACAUGAACGACUUCCAAAGCUGCUAUUUGGAGUGGUUCACGAUGGGCAUCGAGUACACAGUAACAUCAUUCCCAAAUUACACGUAUGACUGGGACUGCGACGCCAACCACAACUUCACCGCGGAGCAGUACAGCCGCUUCCUGGUGGAGGCCGAGUUUGGCGCUGACAUCGCCAGCUACAACGCGCGCCUCAAGCGCUGCGGCAAGUUGGCCUUCCUGCUGGAGGAGUCGUUCGUGCAGAUGCUGGGCAUCCCCUACGACAACUCCAGCCUCUCCACCACCGUUCCCUGGUCCCCAUGCCAGAACCAGACCUGCCAAACUCUGCUCAUGGCGGGGGACGAGUGCACGGAGUGGGAUGUGCUGUUCAAGCUGGGCAACCCCUCCUCCCGCAAGGGCUUCGUCAUCGGCCUGGUCUGGGGAUCCUGGGCCAUGCUGGCGGUCACAGCGUGA